GAACCAUCAAGAACUCGACGUUCAACAUCGUACAAAGACUCAAUUUCCUGUCGACCUGCUGUUGUUCUGCCAGGUCUAUAUCUCUGGAGUGAAUUUGAGGAUACAACGCACCGAGCACUUGUUCUUUCCACCAUGAUCACAGAGCAAUUGAAACCCAUCCAUCUGCACACCUCCCUCUGCUAUAAAUGCGACCGCUCUAUUGAGAAGACCGCGCUCUCCGUUCCUUUAGAACUCGUCCAUGCUGGUAUACUCCCUACCGAGAACGAGGCGGCCUCCAUCCGACACGCCAUUGCUGCUGAGAAGAAGGCCUUUCGGGACUUUGACAUCGAGAUUGGGCGCGCGCAAAGGUAUCUCAAGGACCUUCGCGACCGACAGCGCACCCUCCGCACACAUCUCGAGCGCAAGCGCGCACUACUAUCCCCAAUUGCGCGCCUUCCGUCUGAGGUUCUCAGUAUCAUCAUCGAAAUGGCAAUCACAAGGACCUUCCGGCGGAAGCGCGACAGCACGGUGGUCAAACGACAUGCGGUCUUGCGGGUCUGCCAACGUUGGCGCAGUAUAGCCCUGGCAAUUCCACAUCUGUGGGCGAAUAUCAUUCUAUAUCCGACCCACGACCCAGGCUUCGACGGCACACUCGUCAGGUGCGCACAAAGGUCGCGGGCCCUACCUCUCGACCUCUGCAUGAAGCGCACGAAGCCGUACUGGCGCGAAGCGCACAAUCCGCUGUCUCUGAUCACUCCCGAUCCCCGAGUACAAUGGACGAGAGUCGCGGAGGCUAUCUUCGCCUGCGCGGACCGCUGGCGUACCAUACGUAUCGACGACUGGGAGGACUACAAUGUCUUGGAGGAAGAAGCAACGUUUCCCCAUCUCACCGAGUUGCGUCUGGCAUUCGGGAGUGCGCACCCCAUAAAUCUUUUCAAAGACUCGCCCGCCCUCGUCGACGUCCAAUUGGAGCGUAUCCACUUGCCGGAGCUGCACUUGCCUUGGCAGCAGCUGCAACGCUUGUCCAUCCGGCUUUGGGAAAGCUCUACUGUGCGACACUACGGCCCGGUGUUAUCGCAAUGCGCCAACCUGGUCUCUCUCACCUUGACUGCGUUCGCCUCUGAUGCCAACGAGGCCCAUCCACUGGUCCGUCUGCCGCAGCUCGAAUCUGCGACCUUGUACAAAAAGGCGCAUUCGUUCCUCCGCUGGCUUAUCGCGCCCAAACUACGAGAACUCGUCAUUCAUUCUGAUGCGAUCGAAGACGAGGUCGAACAGCCUCACUUCCUCUUACAAUUCAUCUUGCAAAACACCACGAUCAACGAGUUGAAUCUAUUGUACCUAUCGCUUUCGCUGGUGCACGCGACCGCAUGGGUACAACUGCUGGCAUACCUCGAUUCCGUCACGCACCUACGCAUCGUCGAUGAUUGGUCGCACAUCCAAAUAUCCCUCGACCUCAUGAACUUUCUUGCCAAUCAGUCCGAUGUCCUACCCAAAUUGGCGAGGCUCGAUUUGCCGUCGCUUCGUGUCAUCGAGCCGCUUGUGGUGGAUGUCGUGGAGAUGCUGCUCGAGCGACGGCCUCUGGAAGUGGAAGUGGACGCCAUAGCAGACCUGGAACGCUUGCAGGCUUUCAGUCUCGAGAAGGGGGGGAAGAUCUCCGAGGUGCAGCCGUCGAAAGACAGGUCUGGUAGACCGCCAUGGGAGGUCGAUGAUUCGGAUGUGGAGCCGUGGGACAGGGAAAGUGCCUACAGCUCGGACACGGACAGGAGCGAGGACACCAACGAGAUCCGUACGUAUAACGUGAAGGGUUUGAAGACGGCGAGCGAGUGCGAGGAUGAUUUGUGUGGCGGUGGUGAACUCGACGAGUUUAUGCUAUCGUCGGACGAAUCAGAUUCCGGUCCGUAUGAAUAUAGCGACUACUAGAUCACCUCUAACCGUGGGUGGCAAAAAAUCACGACACAUGAGCUUGUACUUACACCUAGGCUGAGUGAUGCUGCAUCAGUUUUCAGGCCUCGCAUAGGAGGACAA